AUGGUUUUCAAGGAUAUACAGGUUAAAGAUGGAUGGACAAACAUCUCACUGACAGUCACUGAAGUGGAUGUUUUACUGUCACCACCAGAGCCAAAGACCAGAGCUGAAUUCUUAAAAUAUUCAUGUGAAAUCACACUGGAUCCAAACACAGCACACAGACAUCUGUUAUUAUCUGAGGGGAACAGAAAAGUAACAUUUAUGAAACAACUACAGUCUUAUUCUGAUCAUCCAGACAGAUUCACUGGAUGUCAUCAGGUCCUGAGUAGAGAGAGUCUGACUGGACGUUGUUACUGGGAGGUGGAGUGGAGAGGGAGAGGAGUUGAUGUAGCAGUCGCAUACAAGAAUAUUAGAAGAGCAGGGAGCUUAGAUGGAUUUGGUUUUGGAUUCAAUGACAAAUCUUGGUCAUUACGUUGUUACACAUACAGUUAUAUCUUUUGGUACAACAAGAAGCGAACUGACCUCUCAGGUCCUCGGUCCUCCAGAGUAGGAGUGUACCUGGAUCACAGAGCAGGUAUUCUGUCUUUCUACAGCGUCUCUGAAACCAUGACUCUCCUCCACAGAGUCCAGACCACAUUCACUCAGCCGCUCUAUGCUGGACUUCGGCUUUUUGAGAGUUUUUUUGGUGAAUCUAAUAGAGACACUGCAGAGUUAAUUGAGCUAAACUAGACAGACGUCUUUGCGGGUUGGUUAAAAUUUAUGUAAUAGUUUCCAGUUUCUUUGGUCUCCAUCUUUGUUGCUGACAGCUCAUUGUUGUCCUGUUUCUUCUCAGCACAGACAUCGCCUGUCAGUCACAUUUAUCAGUGAUACUCUGACAUCUCAUCAUUUGUUGUCUAGUUAAUGAUCGACUAUGUUAGGAUCGCGCUCCUUGUCGUGCUUGUUUUGCCAUGGAGGCUCUGACUACUCUCCACAUGAAAAUUUAAACUUCUGUAUGCUCGGAUUAUUUCAGGAACAUUUGUGUUGGUGUGACUGAUGUUUCUCCUCCACCAUAUCGGCCUCAAUAGAGAAACCAGUAAGCCUUCAUUUUCAAACAGAUUUUGUAAAGCGACACAUCUAUAAUUACAUUUACAUUUAUUUGUUUACGCUUUCAAAUUGAUGUAAACUGGUAAUUGUCAUCAUCAUGAAUCAGGACUGUCCACAGCUUAUAUUCUGAGACAAGCGCUGAAUAUGUUCAAAAAUUCACUGAAAAAUAACUUUAUAGACUUUUAAUGAUUUCAUGUUCAACAAUCUGAAGAUACAUGAAUACAAUUUCAGAAGUUCUUUACAUACUGUGUGUUUAACAUAUAAGAAAACAAAAGCAUUUUGGAGCAAAUAAGUUAUGUGACAAACAGCCAAGUUUGACAAGUGAAAUUCUAGUGUGUUAUUAGCCUCUUAUUUAAACACUAAUUAGUACAUAUUUGUCUAACAAGAGGUUUAGGAAAGAUUCAGACUUUUCUUUUUACAAUAUUCAACAGGAGAAAAAACUUGUACAAAAAUAAAGUCCAACCCCCCAAAACAACAAAAUAAUACAAUAAAAAUACAAAUGCA